UAUUAAAAGCAAACCAAAAGGACUUAUAAUCAGAAGCAUCUAAUCAUUUUCUACUGGAUAAUAAAUAAAACAGUAAGAUAAUUGCAAAUUAGAGAUAUGGGGUCCACUUACCAGCUGGUCUUCUUUCAUUCAUAGUUGAAUUCUUCAUCAAGAUCUGAUUUUUAUCACACUACAAGUGCCUAAAAGAGUACUAAAGCAAAAGGGGUCCAACACUUUCUUGAUCUUUUUUGUUACCCUGUAACAUAUUGAGAUAAAGUUACAUUCUUUGAAGAACAAAAUAGAUAUAUUAAUCUGAGAUCUGAAGAAGCAGCUCCACUUUUCCAACAGGGGAAAAUUAAGGAAUGAAUUGAAAAUGGGGAAGAAAGGAAGCUGGUUUUCUUCAGUAAAGAAAGCUCUGAGCCCAGAUCCUAAGAAAGCAAGUAAAUCAAAGAAGAAAUGGCUUGGGAAAGAAAAGGAUCCAGUUCCAGAUUCUUCGUCCCUGGUUGCUGCCUCAGUGUCUCCUCCUCAUCCUGUUCCUCAUGUGGAAGAGGUCGCACUGGCUGAAGUGGAAGAGGAGCAGACAAAACAUGCAUACUCCAUUGCAACUUCCACUGCUGCACCUGUUGAAGCUGCUGCUGGAACUUCCCGGGCUGCUGUAGAGGUUAUCUCAUUGACUAAAGUGACUAAGUUUGCAGGCAAAUCAAAGGAGGAACUAGCCACAAUCAGGAUUCAGACUGCAUUUAGAGGAUAUCUGGCUAGGAGGGCAUUGAAGGCUUUAAGAGGGCUAGUCAGACUCAAAUCACUUGCUGAUGGAGCUACAGUCAAAAGGCAAACUGCCCAUACUUUAAAAUUCAUGCAAAUGCUAUCUCGUGUGCAGUCUCAGAUUUGUUCUAGAAGGAUUAGGAUGUUGGAGGAGAAUCGAGCGCUCCAGAGGCAACUUAUGCAGAAACAUGCAAAAGAACUUGAAAGUUUGAGGAGAGGGGAGGAAUGGGAUGAUAGUGCGCAAUCAAAAGAGCAGAUUGAAGCAAGCUUGCUCAGCAAAUAUGAAGCUGCAGUGAGACGAGAAAGAGCACUAGCUUAUUCAUAUUCACAUCAGAAAACCUGGAAGAAGUCACCAAGAUCUGCCAACCUGUUGUUUAUGGAUCCAUCCAAUCCUCAGUGGGGUUGGAGCUGGUUAGAUCGCUGGAUGGGCGCUAGACCUUUGGAAACCCAAAGUAUGUCAGAGAAGGAACUUAAAAAUGAUCAAAUGUCUGUUGGAGGAGAAAUUACCAAAGCAUUUGCCCGGCAUCAGUUGAAUUCUGACCUCCCUUCUCCAUCCAGCCAAAAUCCAAGGCACCAAUCUCCUAUAACCCCUUCCAAGCCAGCCAAUUCAGUAGCAUCCAGAAAAUUGAAAUCGGCAAGAGUAGCUGCAAUAAGCCAAGAUGAUGAUGCCCGAAGCAUGAUCAGUGUUCAAUCAGAACGUAACAGGAGGCAUAGCAUUGGGGUAUCAUCUAUAAGAGACGAUGAGAGCUUGGGAAGCUCCUCCUCUAUACCAAGUUACAUGGUACCUACUAAGUCAGCUAAAGCAAAAACACGUUUGCAAAACCCUUUAGGCCUGGAGAACGGUACCCCAGAAAAGGGACCAGCAGGGUUUGUCAAGAAACGGCUCUCUUACCCGCCUUCACCGGCUAGACCAAGGCGGCAUUCAGGCCCACCAAAGUUGGAGAAUACCUCCAUGAACACUUCUCUGAACACAUCCUUUGCUGAGGACAAUGUCAAAGAAGUCAUCAACUAAUUAUUCUUGCCACAAGUAAGAAUCUAUCCUGCUGCCCUACUACAUGAGUUAUAUGCAGUUAAGAGAUAAAGAUGUCUGGAACUCACCUUCUCCAUAAAAUUCUUAUUAAUUUGUUGCUGUAUUUGGGCUCAACGCGGGUGGUUCUUGCUUUUAUAUAUUUCCUCCUUCCAGAGUCGUUGAGCAAGUGAGGUUGUGAUAGUUGUGAAUCAUUUUACAGAACAUUUUUCUUGAUUGUGAUUAUAUAUGAUUGUAUCCUUAUUAUGUAUCAACAUAGUGAAAAAGACUACAUUAUUUAUUUAUUCGGUUAAAGGUACAUUAUUUUCAGUCUUUAAAA